GUGGUCUGAUUUGAUCCCUAUCAAAAUAACCCCACCUUUGAUGUUUCAGGGCGAGAGCGACGUUAAGAAGACCGAGUGCCUUAAAGGGAAAACAAAUCGACAACCUCAACAGACCGAAAACAACCAACCUCCAACCUAGUGAACUGACCCGCUAAAUCUCGUAACUGUGGGCCGUACCACUAAACAUCCUAAUAUUCCUCUGCCUUUUAGCAGCCUUGUCGUUGUACAGAACCCAAACGUUCAUAAUAAACACAUUCAUAUCCCAGAUUUCCUUGCAUAUAUACUCCAACACUUACACACCAUUAACAAUUCCCUCGGGAAUCAAAUCACCAUGGCUAGAAAACCAAAACCCUCACUCUCUCCCCCCCUCACACUCUCUCUCCUCCUUCUCUCCAUCUCUCUCUCAUCCGCCCGUCUCCUCCCAAACGCCACAUCAUCAGAUCUCAUCUCCGACGGCGUACAGAAUGAUAUUCGGAUCCCGCCGGUGCUCCGGCUCUACCGUGGAUCCGAUGAGGUCUGCGAAAAAACCUACGGCUUCUUGCCCUGUACGGACACGGCUCUGGGAAACUUGUUUCUAAUACUGGUAUAUGGGUAUCUAAUGUUCCUGGCAGCCACUUAUUUGUCCUCGGGAAGUGAGCUUUUGUUGGAGAUUCUCGGUCCUGGGAUCGUCGGCGGCCUCUUCUUGCCCAUUCUCGGCGCUCUUCCCGAUGCUAUGCUCAUUCUCGUCUCCGGGUUGUCGGGAACUGUAGAAACUGCUCAGGCUCAGGUUUCAGUUGGCAUGGGAUUGCUAGCUGGUUCCACUGUUAUGCUUCUCACAGUUAUAUGGGGAACCUGUGUUGUUGUUGGCAAAUGUGACAUAGAAGACUCUGUUGCUAGAGAUGGAAAAGAUACUAAAGGAUUUAGCUUAGUGGGCUCUGGUGUUACUACUGAUAUCUGGACAUGCUAUGCUGCAAUGAUAAUGGCUCUAUCUGUAAUCCCAUUCAUAGUUGUACAGCUUCCACAGAUAUUGCACUCGACUUCUGGUAGACAUUUGGCAGUCUUGAUUGCACUUAUUAUCUCUGUGUUGCUAUUGAUCUCAUAUUGUGCUUAUCAGGUAUUUCAGCCUUGGAUUCAGCGAAGAAGGAUUGAUUAUGCUAAGCAUAGGCAUGUGAUAUCUGGAGUUUUAAAACAUCUGAAAAUGCGUGCAAUUGGAAGGCUACUAACUAAUCGAGGAGAACCCAAUAGAGAAGUAAUAGACAAGCUUUUUAAGGCAAUUGAUACGAAUCAUGAUACAUAUCUUUCAGCUUCUGAAUUGAGAGCCCUAAUUGUUGGAAUUCGGUUUGAUGAGAUAAAUUUGAAUGAAGAUGAUGCAGCUGCAAAACUGUUAAAAGAUUUUGACACAUCGUUUGACGAUAGAAUUGAUUUGGAAGAAUUCAUUGAUGGAAUUAAAAAGUGGCUUGAUGAGGCAAUGGGCUUAAAGGCUUUUCCUGAGGAUGUUGUUGGUCCUGAAUCAUUUAAGCACCUUGAUCGCUAUCAUGAGAAAACAAAGAGAGAUCAUUUUCUUUUAGGGGACUUAAGUGAUGAGGCUGUUGGGGAUGUAAAGGACUCUAAGUGGACAACAAUAAAAGCUGUACUACUAUUGUCGCUGGGCACUGUUAUUGCAGCUGCAUUCGCAGACCCCCUAGUAGAUGCUGUUGAUAAUUUCUCUAGCGCUACAAGCAUACCUUCUUUUUUCAUAUCAUUCAUAGCUCUGCCAUUGGCAACCAAUUCUAGUGAAGCAGUGUCAGCUAUAAUAUUCGCUAGCCGAAAGAAGUUACGAUCUGCAUCCCUGACGUUUUCAGAGUUGUAUGGAGCUGCAACUAUGAACAAUGUUCUUUGUCUGUCAGUAUUCCUGGCACUAGUUUACCUCAGGGGGUUGGUCUGGGACUUCUCCUCGGAAGUGUUGGUUAUUCUGAUUGUGUGCAUCGUGAUGGGUGCACUUGGUAGCAUCCGCAGCACCUUUCCUCUAUGGACAACUUCAAUUGCUUUCCUGCUUUACCCGUUCUCCUUGGCACUGGUUUACGUUCUCGAUUAUAAGUUUGGUUGGUCAUAGUUUAUUUCUGUCUGUAUUAUGGUGCUGUUCUGUUAUUGCGUCUUGAACAUGUGGUUUGAGUGACAGUAGUCGGGAUAGUGACCACGGAAAAUCAGCUAGGGCGUUUUAUGGCAGUUCUUAUAGAUACGAGAGAGCAAUGAGUCCGUGUUGAAAGCUUCAAACACUAUUUUAAUAAACCACGAUGAUAUAUUGAUGCAGUUUGGUAUU